AUGCCUGAGCCUAGGAGACAACUGUCACUGAAUCAUCAAAGUGUUAACGAAAAACUAAGAAACAAGGGUGAACCUACUAAACACACGAGGAGGGUGCGGAUUAUUUAUGAUGACCCGGAUGCUACUGAUUCAUCGGAUGAUGACGGAAUCUGUGAGAAGAAGGUUAAAAGAGUUGUUCGGGAUGUUUUUUAUUCAACUGGGGACGUCUAUCAAACACCUAAAGCCCCUGAAACAGAGAGUUCAGUUCAGGAAAGUAACAGUGGUGAAAAGAACCUAAAGAAGAAGAGGGUUUUAGCCGUUACUGAAAGCAAGCGGCGAAUUGUUCCUGGGAAAUACAGAGGUGUUCGGCAACGCAAAUGGGGCAAAUGGGCUGCUGAGAUUCGCGAUCCUUUUAAACAUAGAAGGGUCUGGUUGGGUACUUAUAAUACUGCUGAGGAGGCAUCGAGAGCUUAUGAAAUGAAACGCCUGGAAUUUGAAGCAUUGGCCAAUAGCAUCAAUUCAUCUGAGAAGAGUUCAAAGGAUAACCACACUAAAACUGAUUGUCCUGUGGUGGGUUCUAAGCCUGUUAUGAACCCGAACAAAAAUCUUGCUGGUUGUUGUGUCUCCGAGGACUCAAGUGGAAGUAUGGUGUCACUUACUUCGCAAACAUCCCCAGCACUGGUGCUGGAAUUGGAUUCUUUAACCUCUGCUUCCGGAAUCAAUGAAAAUGCUGCUGUUGAGGCAAAUGUUGCUGACAUAAAAAUGGCUGAUUCAGGACUAAUGGAUAUGGAAAUCUCAGCUUUGGCUCAAAUUGGAGAAGAAAUGGACUUGGAUUUCGAGCUUGACACUUUAAUGACGAUGGAUGAUUUUGAGCCACCUAUGGAUGAUUUUUUCAGUGGUUUCGAAGACCUUCCUAUUUGUGGGUUUGAGGAUGCUGAUCAGCCUAGUGCACUGCCAGAUUUCGACUUUGACUUCAAUUUCGAGGUUUGCAAUGAUGUCUUAUCUUGGAUGAACAAAGACGAACCUCUAAUAAAUAGUGAAGCACCCCGAAUGAAUGGAACUCCUGCACCCCUCAAUAUAGCUUGCCCAUAA